CCCUCUCCAACAACAUAUAAAGUAAGAGAGAGGGAAUAGAUUUUUGUUUUUUCUUUUUAACUUGAUGUUCUACUGAAUAGAGCUGAGAUAGCAGUAGCACUGAGUUCCUAUCCUUAAUUUUUGUUCAAGCUAUUCAUUUGAGUUCUUCACUUUUAUAUGUACUCCUAGUGGAGAGCACUCUAGCCAUUAACAAUGGGGAAAUUUGCAAUAACAACAAUUAUGAUGGGUUUUCUGCUGUUGUUCUUGUGUGCUGGUGUUACUGAAGCAGUGUACAUGAAGUACAAAGACCCAAAACAGCCAUUGAAUGUUAGAAUAAGGGAUUUGAUGAACAGAAUGAGUCUUGAAGAAAAAAUUGGUCAGAUGACCCAGAUUGAGAGACAUUUAGCUGCACCUAAUAUUAUGAAGAAAUACUUCAUUGGGAGUGUACUGAGUCUUGGAGGAAGUGAACCAGCUCCAAAGGCUACUGCUGCGGACUGGGUAAAGAUGGUUAAUGAAAUUCAGAAGGGUUCCCUUUCAACACGCCUCGGUAUUCCCAUGAUCUAUGGAAUUGAUGCAGUCCAUGGGCACAACAAUGUCUAUAAAGCCACAAUUUUUCCACACAAUGUUGGCCUUGGAGUCAUAAGAGACCCACAGCUUGUGAAGCGGAUUGGGGUUGCGACUGCUCUUGAAGUCAGAGCUACAGGAAUCACUUAUACUUUUGCACCUUGCAUCGCAGUGUGUAGAGAUCCAAGAUGGGGCCGGUGCUUCGAAAGCUACAGCGAAGAUCAUAGAAUUGUUCAAGCAAUGACUGAGAUCAUUCCUGGUUUACAAGGAGAUAUUCCAGCUAACUCCCGUAAGGGUGUUCCUUUUGUUGCAGGAAAGACUAAAGUAGCAGCCUGUGCUAAGCACUUUGUGGGCGAUGGUGGCACUGUCAAGGGCAUUGAUGAAAAUAACACUGUCAUCAGUGCAAAUGAGCUACUUAGCAUCCACAUGCCAGCCUAUGUUGAUUCCAUUAUAAAGGGUGUGUCAACAGUAAUGAUAUCUUACUCAAGCUGGAAUGGUAUGAAGAUGCAUGCUAAUCGUGAUCUGAUCACUGGUUUUCUCAAGGGAAAGCUCAAGUUCAGAGGUUUUGUCAUUUCAGAUUGGAACGGUAUUGACAAGAUUACUGAUCCACCCCAUGCGAAUUACUCUUACUCUAUUCAGGCUGGAGUUCUCGCUGGAAUUGACAUGAUUAUGGGUCCAGAGAACGUGACUGAAUUUCUUGAUGAUCUGGCUUUCCAAGUCAGGAACAAUAUCAUUCCCAUGAGCAGGAUAGACGAUGCAGUUAAGAGGAUAUUAAGGGUUAAAUUUGUCAUGGGUCUCUUUGAGAACCCAUUGGCUGAUCUCAGCUUAGCGAACCAAUUAGGAAGCCAGGAACACAGAGAAUUAGCAAGAGAAGCAGUGAGGAAAUCACUUGUACUAUUGAAGAAUGGGAAAGUUAUUAGCCAACCACUAAUUCCCCUUCCAAAAAAAGUGGCGAAGAUACUUGUGGCUGGUAGUCAUGCUGACAAUUUGGGUUACCAGUGCGGAGGCUGGACUAGGAGUUGGCAGGGAAUUGGAGGCAACGAUCUUACCACAGGAACUACAAUUUUAACUGCUGUGAAAAACACAGUCCAUCCAUCUACACAAGUGGUCUACCGGGACAAUCCAGAUGUAAACUUUGUAACGUCCAACCACUUCUCCUAUGCCAUUGUUGUCGUAGGUGAAACACCCUACGCAGAGACGUUUGGCGAUGGUGCAAAUCUUACAAUACCUGAACCUGGUCUCAGUACCAUCACUAAUGUCUGCAGAGUCGUGAAAUGUGUCGUAGUUGUCAUCUCCGGGCGUCCAGUCGUGGUUGAGCCUUAUCUUGCAAAUAUAGACGCCCUCGUGGCUGCAUGGCUUCCGGGAAGUGAAGGACAAGGUGUUGCUGAUAUUCUGUUUGGUGACUAUGGAUUCACAGGCAAACUUGCCCGCACUUGGUUCAAGUCGGUUGACCAGCUUCCCAUGAAUGUUGGUGAUCCACAUUACGAUCCUUUGUUUCCUUUCGGAUUUGGUCUCACAACUGAGCCUGUCAAGAGCUAAAUCUCCUCUGUCGGUCUCCCACUUGCUGUUCAAUCGUAAUCUAGAGCUUUAUUUAUGCCUUGUAUCGAACAAUUUUAGUUUUCCCUUAAAGAAUAGAAUAAGGGAAACAGAGAAAAACAAAGACUAUCUUGUACAAUAACAAAAGGUGAAAAAAUAUUAUGAAUGAGAGAAGAGUAUAUCUUACACUGUUAGUGUAAA